UGAUCCAGCCAUUCCCUGUUGAAAAUACUUUGAACUCUUGAUGUACAUGUUUCUCAGUCAACCAAUGAAAGUGUUUGUAGGACAGACAUAAAUUUCGGCCAUGUUGUGGUUUUAAAUGAGGAAGAAGCGGGAGAGGUUAUCGUCUUAGCAAGUUUAUUCAUAACAUUUACUCAUUUGGAGUAGCGUCUAUUUGAUUGAAAAGUCAUUGUAUCGUGGUUGGAGGUAAUAUUUAGAUGAGUAAAAGAGUCUUUUGAAAACAUUAACGCGUCGACGGAGCUAACGUGAGCGAUACUCACUGUGUUAGCCUUCUUAGCUAGCUAGCUAACUAGCCAGCUAGUUUUACUAGCUGCUAGGAUAGCAUGCUGGCUAACUAAAGAGCUGGUUCUUGGCGAGGAUAAAGAUAAUACCAACAAAGCUAGUUAGCAAUUAAAGCUAGUGGUUACUUGCAGUGGCGUGCGAAUGACGGAAACAGCUAUUGUGAGUUUGCGACUGCCUUGGCAGGCUAAUUUGAAGCGGCACUAAGUUCUUUCAAGCCACGACUCGGACUACAGUUAAACAUGUUCAAUAAAUUCUACGAAUGGAUUGGAACAGGAAUAGCUAGUCUCCGUAACGGAGCGCCUGCCAAUGAAAUACCCGGCACCGCUGGAGUUUCUGAAGACAGUCCUCUCAGGAGAAAAAGGCCAAAUGACUGUAUGGAGGAUGGAGGAGCAGAUGAAGAAAACAGGGCUGUUAAGAAGUUCCGUAUGGGAAACCUUGUCGACUCUGUCAAGAGCGCCGCAGAAGGGGUGAAGACCCAUGGCUCCAGUGUGGCAUCGUGGGUACGGAACAGCGUGAGCCCGUCCCUGAGGACUAUGUUACCACCAUCCCCACCACCCACCAUCCAUUCUGCAGAACCCACAGCCCCUGCCUCUCCGCCUGAAAGCACGGAAACAAGUCCAUGUUCCCCCAGUGAGACCUUUGGCGAUAGUAAUACUCUGACGGAAUGGAAAGUCACCUCCAAUACAGACUCUUUAAGGAUAGAGAAGUCCGUCACAAUCUCUAAAGUGUGCAGGCGUCAGGCCUGCAUGGUUCUGCCGACCCGUGAAGCACCCAAAACCAACGGGCACUCCCUAUCGCUACCUCCCCCCGCCAGCAUCCCCAAACCGUGCCCCUCCCCUCGCCUGGGCAGGCCCCUCAACCUGAGGCUGCACAGAUCCCCCAGUGUGUCCACCAGCCCUGCGUCCAGCAGAGGAAACGCCUCCUACACCAGCAUGUAUGAAAAGACCUUCCCCAUCCACACAGGGAGCCCCUCUUGCGGCAGCCCCCGUCAACCCGUCCCUGCUCGCCCACGCUGCACAGCGCAAGAGUCAGUUCGUGAGGAGGAGAAGGAGGUGUACAGACAGCUUCUGACCAUGGUGUCGGGAGGACAGUCGUCCCUCUUCCACAAUGGCAGCUCACACGGUGGUCUUCGCUCUCAAAGGGACUUCACCAGCUUCCUGAUGUGCCGGCGGCGGCUGCUGCAGCGUGGGUCGUCGGCAGGCUCCGAGUCUCUGGAGCCCUACAGCGUCAGCGCCCCGCCCAGCCCGCGCCCCGCCUCCAGCCAGGCCUCCAGCCCCGGGGCGGUAGACGGCAAGGCCUGGUCACCAGAGCCAGAGCUGCCGCCCACCGCCAAGGGUCCGGCGGCUCUGCAGUCUGCCCCUUCGCCCGCGGCCCUGCAGGACACCUCCUCUCAGGACACACAGUCAUCAGUUCAUGAUGGAGACUCAGUGAUUUUUGUGAAGGUGAAGCAGGGCAAGAGACCCGAAAACUCCAGUGUACCCUGUUUCAAGGCUGAGCUCUGGAUUAAAGAACUGACUAGCCUGUAUGAUUCUCGUGCCCGGGAGAGACGGAGGCUGAUUGACGAACAGGAAGCUCUGGCCUCCCAGCUGUUACGACAGCGGCUGUCAGAGGAGGGUCAGACAGGUGUGACCACGUUUGAGCUGCAGGUGCGGGUUCCCCUGGAGAAGGAGGUGCCACUGGCUCCCAUCAUCACAGAGCCCACUCCGGCAGUUGUGGAGUCUGAGUUUCCAGUGCUAACUGAGGAGAUGGAGGGGGAUGUGAGCAGAGCUCUGAGAGGGGGAAAUCAGGACGAGGUUCUGAGCGAAGGCUUCCGUCUCACCAUCACCCGCAAGGACCUGCAGACACUCAGCCACCUCAACUGGCUCAACGACGAGGUGAUUAACUUCUACAUGAACCUGCUGGUGGAGCGCAGCAAGCGGCCGGAUCUGCCCUCUGCCUACACCUUCAACACCUUCUUCUUCCCCAAGCUGCGCAGCGCCGGUUUCUCGGCCGUUCGCCGCUGGACCAAGAAGGUGGACCUGUUCUCCCACGACAUCCUGCUGGUGCCCGUCCACCUGGGGGUGCACUGGUGCCUCUCGGUGGUAGAUUUCCGGAAAAGGGUCGUCUUGUAUUUUGAUUCCAUGGGUGGAAACGACGACGAAGCAUGCCGAAUAUUGCUGAAAUACCUGAAGCAAGAGAGUGAAGACAAAAGGGGGCGGCAUCUGGACACUUCGGACUGGACCCUGCACAGUAAAAAAACAAACGAGAUUCCGCAGCAAAUGAAUGGGAGUGACUGUGGGAUGUUCACGUGUAAAUACGCCGAGUACAUCACCAAAGACAGGCCCAUCACAUUCACACAGAAACACAUGCCCUACUUCAGGAGAAGAAUGGUUUGGGAGAUUUUGAACAGGAAACUGUUAUAAAAAAAAACUGACACUAGGUGAUUUCAUGGCACCUGUGCUCCUGUUCCUCCUGUUCCUGACACCUGUUAAACUGCAGGCUUCAGUUUGGCCAGAGACAGCCGACACAAUAUGACCAGCACCCAUCCCUGCCCCUAGACGGGUCCGUUUGGACCCGGCACAAGCUUUUUUUUCUAGCUUCAGCGCACCACAACAGGGGACACUGAUUGGGACGGAACAUUUUAUCCCUCGGUGGCAAAUGUUUAUUCACUUGUCAAGUGUUGUGCUCACCUUUUGUACGUCGUCUCCUAAUCUAGAAGUGAGAUGGCAGCUUUGAAGAAUUUGGCAAGGGCCGAAAGCUGUUGACUCAUUCUCUCCUGUAUAUAUAUAUCCCUGCUAUGAUACAGGGAAAACACUUUGUAUCUUACCAGCCAGAAUUCCAGGAGAAGAAAUUGUGACAGUUUUGUCACGUUAUUUUCAUGAAUUUUCGUAUUUUCUUUCGCAUUAUUGUAUGUUUAUCUUGUUGAAAAUGAGCAAUUGAAAUAAAAAGAGAUGUUUAAAAA